UCAUAUAUAUUAUCAUAUUUCAUUCUCAUAAAACCCUAACAGGGUGGUAUGUUAUUCCAAUUUUAAGAAUGUAAACAAAAACCCCAGAGCCUACAUCCUUAGUCUUUGCACCACAUUAUCUACCCACAUUUUGGGCUCCAGUUAUUGAGACAUACCCAUUUUUUUAUCAAACAAUACCUUGCUAUUCUCAAUCCUGAUCCUUUCAAUAGACUGCUACCAUAAAUAAAUGUGUGUCCAUUCCCUGGCUCCUUUGAGAGAUCAUACACACCUUUGAAAUUUUCCUUAGCUACCUUCAAUGUGCUGAUGUUACUGACUUGUUCUAAAUCACACUUGGAGCUCCCAUUACAGUUAAUCAACUCUGAUUUAAUUGCUUGUUUUUAUUUUUGUGUUCUUCUUUGAAAUAUGAUUUUUAAAAAUACAGGCAUUGUAUCUUAUCCAUCUUUAUGUUUCAAGUGACUGGCACAAAGCCAGGCCCAUAUUUUCUGGAUGAUUGUGAUAUUAAAUGAAAGUCAAUGUAGUAUGAGAAUUGGCUGGAGGACAAUAGAAAUCUACUUGCUGUGUUUUUCUGUAUAAUUUUUAGGGAUAAAAUGGCCUCAAGGAACCACAGCACCAUCACCGAGUUCAUCCUCCUCGGGCUGUCUGAUGACCCCAAGAUCCAGGCUCUACUCUUCGUGCUCUUCCUGGGGAUUUACCUCCUGACCAUGCUGGGGAACCUGAUGAUGCUGCUGGUCAUCAGGACUGAUUCUCACCUCCAUACACCCAUAUACUUCUUCCUGAGUCACCUCUCUUUAAUUGAUCUCUGCUUCUCUUCAAUCACUGUGCCCAAAAUGCUAGAGAACCUCCUAUCUCAGAAGAAAACCAUCUCAGUAAAGGGUUGCCUGGCUCAAAUAUUCUUUGUGCUUAUCACUGGAGGGACUGAAAUCUGUCUUCUCUCAGUGAUGGCCUAUGACCGCUAUGCUGCCAUCUGCCACCCUCUGCUCUAUGACCAGAUGAUGAGCGAACAGCAGUGUAUGCAGCUUGUGUGGGGCUCAUGGGGCCUGGGCUUUCUGGACACAGUCAUCAAUGCCCCUCUGGCAAUGAAAAUGGACUUCUGUGAUACCUACAUCAUCCCGCACUAUAGCUGUGAGUUGCCCUCUAUCUUCCUUCUCUCUUGCUCUGAUGUCUCAACCAACUUUCUUGUCAUGCUCUGCUCUGUUAUCCCACAUGGACUUACAACUUUACUUUUAAUAUUUUUCUCUUAUGUCUGCAUCAUCUUCACCAUCCUUAACAUCACCUCCACUUCCAGCAGAAACAAGGCCUUCUCCACGUGCUCCUCCCACCUCACUGCAGUGAUCUUCUUCUAUGGGUCAGCUUUUCUCCGCUAUUUCAUGCCAACUUCAGGCUCUCCCCUUGAGUUGAUCUUCUCUGUGCAGUAUGGUGUGAUCACUCCCAUGCUAAACCCCCUCAUAUACAGCCUGAAGAACAAGGAGGUGAAGGCAGCUGUGAGAAGAACCCUGGGGAAGUGUUUACAGUGUUUUCAAUGGUAG